AUGCCGCGCGCCUACAAGGACCUCUUGUCGUUCAAGAUCCCCGAGCUGCUUUGGGUGUUCGCUGCCGCCAAGACCGACGUGAUUUUCGAUGACCGCGAAGUGAAGACCGAUCAUACGCAACAGCGCGCUCAAGGGUGUGGCUGUGAGCUGCCGCAGCUGAUUCCCUCCUUGGCGACCAGAAGGCGAAAUUGGAGCAGCGGCUGGAGCUCGUGCGCGGACCGGCCGACCUCGCUAAUGCUGCGCGGGCUGCAGCGCGUCACGUGUGCGGUGGCGCUGGUGCUCGUGACCACCAGCGUCGAGGCGCGCAAGAUCUUGCUGCACGACGAGAUGGAGCAGUGGCUGGAGCUCGUCCGCAGACCGGCCGACCUCGCUGAUGCUGCGCGGGUGGCAAGCGCGUCACGUGUCCGGUGGCGCUGGAGCUAG